AUCAUCACAAUGAGUUUCAAGAACAAAGUUGUGAUCGUGACGGGAGCCAGCUCAGGUAUUGGUGCUGCCGCGUCCAAAAUGUUCAGCAAAGAGGGCGCUCGCGUGGUGAUGGUGGGACGCAACGAGACCAAACUUGCAGCCGUGGCCGCCCAGUGUAAUUCACCGCUCGUGCUUCGCGCAGAUGUUUCCAACGACGACGACGCUAGACGCAUUAUUGAUCAAACCGUUAAGAAGAAUGGUCAUAUCGAUGUAUUGGUCAACAAUGCUGGUAUGACUAUGGCUAAUGGUGGUAUACUCGGCACCGAUAUGAUGAAAUCUUACGACACUAUUAUGAACACUAAUCUUAGAGCCGUUGUUCAUUUAUCUAACUUGGCUGCACCAUACUUGGUCAAAACUAAGGGCAACAUUGUGAACAUAUCAAGUAUUGCUGGAACUAUACCUCCCAUCGGUCCAGGCCUAACUAACUAUUACGUCUCAAAAGCAGCAUUGAAUCAUUUCACAGUCUGUGCUGCGAAGGAGUUGGGACCACACGGUGUGCGAGUAAACGUGAUAAGUCCUGGACCGGUUCGGACUGAUUUUAUGGACAAUGUUAAGGACUUUUAUGGAACGACUGGGUCGUGGGACGAUUUUAUGCCGAAAACUAUUCUGAACAGAGUAUCCGAGCCGGACGAAAUUGCAGAUAUGAUUUUGUAUCUGGCAAGUGAUAAAGCAAAGUCCGUUACAGGGUCGAACUUCGUGAUCGAUAAUGGCAUGCUUAUUAAACGGACCUGA